UAAAGAUUAAUUUUAUGGGGUGCACUUCGCAAAAAUAAUCAUCUCCACCUAAGAGUAGAAAUGAUGAAAGUAUUACGACUGGAUAACUUGACUCAAAAUUCACAUAAAAUAUUAUCACUUUAAAAUAUUCAAACUAAAAAUUAAUUGGAUAAAAGAUUAAAUCAGGAAAGUAUUAUAAUUUACUUCUAAAUCAUGUUAUUCUUCAAAAAGACAUAUGUAAAUAUCUUAAAUUAUAUUUCUAGUGAAUAGUACAAUCAUGAUUAGACGGUAAAAAAAUCAAGAAAACUUACCUUCCAAAAAAGAUUAUGUGACAAGCUCUAAUGGCUGUAAUUGA